ACGUGUGUGUCUAAACCAUUUUCAGCUGUAGUUGUAAUCAAGAAUUGUUGCUCAAGUGUUCUAGAUCUUAUUAACAUAAGACUUUCUCUUAACCCAGCAACACAUACAAUAGGGAGCGAGUAUUAUCUUGUUCUUCCACCCCAAUUACCAAAGCACUCAUCCAUCAUUUUUUGAAUACUAAUACUAUUUUCACACAUACACACGAUCAUAUUAAAUCAAUGGAAGUAGAAAUUAUAUUCCAUUCAAUCUCCAACAUCCAACAAUUAAUUAAGAGCUCCCAAGAACCCCUAGUAAAUCGGUUAUCAGGAGUUGACAUCGACCAACUUAGGAACAACCUUAACGAGAUCGAUGAAACAGUAAAAAAAGCACAAAAAAGUCACUUCCGUAGCUCUGAAAAGAUUCUUCCUUGGUUGAAAAAUGUUAAAGUAGCGAUAGUCGAGUUUAACGAUUUGAUAGAAGAUAUCAAUCUCAAGGAGAGUAUUGCUGGCAAUAUUUCGAUUUUCAGAUGGGUGUUAAGCUUAAAGAGUCGUUAUAGUGUUACGCGUCAAGUCACAAAAGAGCAAGGGAAACUCAAAAGCUUAAGUGAGGAUGGAAAGAGUUUAAUCUCUGUAGAAUUAGAACAAGCAGCAGCAGGUAGCAGAAGGUUUUCAAACGAAGUGUUUGAGAAAGUUACUGUGGUUGGAAGAGAAUAUGAGAAGAAAGAGAUUAUAGAUCGACUACUUAAGUGGAUCAAAUCUACUGAUGCUUUUCAUGUUGGUGUUUUUGUCAUUGUUGGUGUUUCAGGAAUAGGAAAGACAAAACUUGCACGUCUUGUUUGCAAGGAUGAGCAAGUCAAAGCAAAUUUUGGGCCACAGCCAAUUUGGAUCGAUCUUCUCUACGAGACCUUUGAUGUUGAAUCAAUAGUUAAGUCAGCUACCACCACUGUUAAUGAUGGUAAACACCCUCUAAUUGUGCUUGAUGGUUUGCAAAAUGAGAUGAAGAAGGAUCUUGAGAAUUUGCAGCAACGAUUAAAGGAGUCUUGUGGUACCGGUUGUGCAAUACUCAUCACUACACGUGGCAGCCAUGUUGCUAACAUGGUUGCUAACAACAUUUCUGGAUUUGCUGCUAGAUUUGAUUUGGGAGGGUUUCAUGAAAAAGAGAAGAAAGAGCUUGUAGAUCAACUACUUAACUUGAACAAUUCUACUGAUGAUUUUCAUGUUGGUGUUUUUGUCAUUGUUGGUGUUCCGGGAAUAGGGAAGACAAAACUUGCACGGCUUGUUUGCGAGGAUGAGCAAGUCAAAGCAAAUUUUGGGCUACAACCAAUUUGGAUCGAUCUUCUACACGAGACCUUUGAUGUGGAAUCCAUAGUUAAGUCAGCUACCACCACUGUUGAUGAUGGUAAACACUGCCUAAUCGUGCUUGAUGAUUUGAGAAAUGAGAUUAAGAAUGAUCUCGAGAAGUUGCAGCAACGAUUAAAGGAGUCUUGUGGUACCGGUUGUGCAAUACUCAUCACUACACGUAGCAACCAAGUUGCUAACAACAUUUCUGGAUUUGCUGCUAGAUUUGAUUUGAAAGGGUUUGAUGAAAAAGAUUCUCAAUCGUUGUUUCAACAAAUUCAUAGAUCAGCUUCAGCUUCAACUUCAACCAACAACAAACAAGACAACGGAUUGGAGAUUGUGAAGGAUUGUGGGGGAGUGCCUCUUGCGAUAAAGAUCAAAGCGGCGUUGAUGAACAAGAUUCUUGAUGAAGGAGGACAAAUAGAAGACGUGGAGAGGGAGUUUCUAAACGAGCUCAAGUUUAGAUAUUACGAGGAUCUUCCCACAUGUUAUAAAUUGUGCUUUGCAUUUUGUUCAUUGUUUCCAGAACAUCAUUUGAUUGAUGCCGAGAGAUUAAUUCAACUUUGGUUUGCUGAAGGAUUUAUCACGUUUUCCUCCAUUAGUCAACAAGAAAAUGGUUUCAACGAAUUUGUUGCCUCGGUUUUCCAACAAGUGGAGAAAGAAAACAGCGAAGACCAACACGGUGUUGUGAGGGAGUGCUAUAGAAUGAACAGGUUCAUGCAUAAACUCACAAGGUUAGUGGCUAGUGGCGAAAACAUCACUGUAGAUUCAAAGGGAGAAAAAGUUGAAGAAGGAAUGCUGCGAGCUUCGUUUGAUUUUGGUUUGGAUCUUUCGUGUGGGAUUCCAGAUUCGAUGUUUAUAGCAAAGAAACUGAGGACCAUUUUAUUGCCAUACAAAAACAUUAACAACCCUCGGCUUCCACACGAGGUGAAGAUGACGACGCCAACCUGUGAUAAGAUCUUCAACACCUUCAAGUCCAUGCACGUGUUGGAUCUACAUGACUUGGGGAUCAAGAUUGUACCAACCUCUAUUGAGGAGAUGAAAUACUUGAGGUUUCUAGAUCUAUCCCACAACAACAUAGAGAAGCUUCCUAGUUGCAUCACAAAGCUUAUCCAUUUGCAAACCUUGAAACUCUCCUACUGUCAUGUCCUCAAGGAAUUGCCAAAAGACUUGAAGGAUCUGACUCGCCUCAGCCAUCUUAACAUUGAGGGUUGCUUGGAUCUAACUCACAUGCCAACCGGGAUAGAUAAACUCACUUCCUUACAAACAUUGUCACUUUUCGUGGCCAGCAAGAAACAUGCUGACACCGGAGGACUAAGGGAACUCACAAAUCUCAACAACCUCAAGGACAAACUGGAAAUUUUGCAUCUGGAGCAAGUCAAGUUCUCUCCAUCCAACGAAGCGGCUAAAGAUGAAUUUGUGAAAAAUAAACAACACAUUCAGCAUUUGACUCUAAGAUGGGACCGCGAUGAUGAUGAAGAGGGAAGCAGUGGCAGCGGUGGCGCUGAUGUAGACAACAACGACGAGAAGUUACUUGAAUGUCUCCAACCACCUCCCAAUUUGAAAGUUCUAUUCAUUGUAGGGUACAAUGGCCGCACCUUAUCUAAAUGGCUCGAUUCGCUUCAAUGCCUUGUUAAGUUUACCUUGAGUGACUGUCCUAAAUGCAAAUUUCUACCGCCAAUCGAUCACCUUCCAAAUCUCAAGGCUCUCCAUCUUCGGAGGUUGGAAUCUCUUGAAUUCAUUGCAGAAAAGAGCAGUGAACCUAAAGUAGAUUCCUCUUCCUCUAAACAAGAAUUCUUUCCAGCCUUGAAGGAGCUUACAAUUUCGGAUUGUCCUAAACUCGAAAGUUGGUGGGAAAAUGAUAAGACAUUGAAAAAAAACAGACCAUCUUUCCCUUGCAUUUCAAAACUAAAUAUCCGAUGUUGUCCUAAAUUAGCAUGCGUGCCACUGUGUACUAAUCUCGAUGAAGAGUUGGUUCUGGUAGAUUCCAAUGUAAGAUCAAUGAGGGAAACCAAAACUGAAACCGAAACUACCGUAGAAGCUUCACUAAGUCCUCUCUUGAAUUUGAAGUUCAUGGUAAUCGAGCGUAUUGAAGAAUCUCCACCACAGAAUUGGCUUGAAGGCUUCACUUCCCUUAAAGAACUUCACAUUCGAGAUUGUCCUAACUUAAAGUCAUUACCACAAGGUUUCAAGACUCUCUGUUCACUACAGUCUCUCUGUAUUGAGAGAUGUCAGGAGUUCCACCUCGAAAAACCUGAAGUCGAUUAUUGGGAGGGUCUUGUAAAGCUUGAGUCUCUUACUUUAAGGAGUAUUCCAAAACUAGUGACCCUUACACGCGGAUUUGGAAACUUGAAAUCAUUGAAAGAUUUAAGGAUUUAUGAUUGCCCUAGUUUAACUCAUUUACCAGAAACCAUAGACAAUCUCACUUCACUUCGUGAACUGGUUCUUUCUGAAUGCAGAAGUAUGGAUUCUCUGCCCAAAGGAAUGAUAAAGCUCACGUCACUAUUUACCUUGAUCAUUAUGGACUGCCCCUUGUUAUUGCCAAGGUGUCAACCUGAAACGGGUGAUGAUUGGCCACAAAUUGCUCAAAUCAAACAUAAGUCAGUGAAGGAGACUCCUCAAGACUUAGGGGACCUGUGAAAUCUAGCAAAAAAUGAAUUUACAGGUUUAUCAGGUUAUAAAAAAUGAGCUUGAAGGAGCAUAGAUGAAGAUGUUGGUGAAGAUCCAAUCCAAUAUUCGCUUACAGGAUAUAGACAUUUGUCACUUGGAUUUGAGUUGUGUGCGGUCACAAUUGCAUGCAAUCAAGAUAUCUCGAUAGUCCGAUUAAGAUAAGAUAAUCUAGAUUUUAAACUUGAUUUUUUAAAUUUAAAGAAAAUCAAAAUUUAUUUUAAAAAUUUAGACCGUCGGAUUUUGAUAUGACGACCGAGAUCCGCUUGAUUGCUACUCCGCCCUAAUCCAAAUCCCUCACACUGGCUAUUUUAGUUUAAACAGUAUGGAUUCCCAAUGUUUUUUUUUUGGAUCUCUUGCAUGAUGUGUUCCUUUUUUAAUCUAAAUUUUUUAUUUUAUAAAAGUAACAGUGGAUUUUCUGUAA